AUGUCCUCAGCUUUGACAGCCUUCCUGCACAAGCAUCAUAAAUAUUACUUCGUCGUACUCGCUGCUGUAACCUGCGGAUCAGCCGCCUACAUUUUCUGCUUCCACAAAGUCAUCUUCACCCUGUACGCCCUCAUCGCAUUUGGCGACCACUUUCUCACCAAACAUACAAUUCUCCAAACCUGUAUGGUCGGCUACUCUUACACUGCACUGCUUGUCGCGAGCUACACUGUAAUUGAAAAAAUCCGAACUGGAGAACGUCCAACUUGGCCCAUAGAUCUCGCAGAAGAUGCUGCGCCUUUUACAACUGCCUUCCUGCUAUUUGAUUUUUCGCUGGAGAUUUGUGAGCGUCUUGGAGGAUGGGGGAGUCUAUUCGAUGAUUUGAAACCGUUGGUCAAGGGGGGGGGUUGCUGGAGUGUGUCUGCAGGUUGUAGGAGCUACGAUGCCUUGGGUGACAGGUCUGCAGGUCACGGGGUGGUUUAUCAUGUGUGGCGUUCUUUUGGACGAAGGGUAUCAAGAAGGUUGCAAGAAUGGUACUGA